UGACGUCUGGCUGACCAGAAGUGAAGCGACGACCGGAAGCUGCUUCGCUUUAUUUACAUUUAAACACAUUUAUCGUGGAGUGAAUCUCUUUGGAGGAAGAGGAGAAGACACGUAACUCCAGGUUCCACCGCAGACACACAACAUGACGGCCGCGGUCUUCUUCGGCUGCACCUUCAUCGCCUUCGGGCCGGCCAUCGCGCUCUUCCUCUUCACCAUCGCCCGGGAGCCGCUGCGGGUCAUCUUCCUCAUCGCCGGGGCGUUUUUCUGGCUGGUGUCUCUGCUGCUGUCCUCCCUGGUCUGGUUCAUCUCGGUGCAGAUCAGCAACAAGGAGAGUGCGGCGCAGCAGAAAGGUCUCCUCAUCUUCGGCGUGGUUCUGUCCGUCCUGCUGCAGGAAGCCUUCCGCUUCGGCUACUACAAGCUGCUGAAGAAAGCAAAUGAAGGCCUCCUCACUCUCAGUCAGGAGGAGACCAUGCCCAUCUCCAUCCGACAGCUGGCUUACGUGUCCGGCCUCGGGUUCGGCUUCAUGAGUGGAGCCUUCUCCGUGGUGAACAUCCUGGCCGACUCUGUGGGGCCGGGGACGAUCGGGAUCCACGGUGACUCGCAGCAUUACUUCCUGUCCUCAGCCUUCAUGACCAUGGCCAUCAUCCUCCUUCACAUGUUCUGGGGCGUGGUCUUCUUCGACGCCUGUGAGAAGCAGCAGUGGUGGGCGGUGGCUGCGGUCGUGGUCAGUCACCUCGUGGUGUCGUGUCUGACCUUCCAGAACCCGGGCUACGUCGCCAGCCUCGUCCCCACCUACAUCAUCUUGUUCCUGAUGGGCGCCUGGGCGUUCUACUCAGCCGGAGGCUCGCUCAGGAACCUCAAACUCUGCCUCACCUGCAAAGACAAGGACUUCCUGCUCGCCAACCACCGGCCGAGAUAACGCAGCACGCCGGGCAGCGUGCGGGACUCGAUCCCAAAGUCCCCCCGAGUUCACACGUACACACACACACAAGCACUGAGCCGAGCGCUGUGGCAGCUUCACCUGAGAGGUCGUCAUAAAGAGUCAGAACAGCUCUGAGGCUCAGUUUGAUUUAAAAUGCGGUUUUACUAAAUAUUAAUUGUGUCCCAGUGUUUGUCACCUGAUGCUCUAAUAAGAAAACAGAUGAGCAAACCUACAAAACAUAUUUGAUGUCGGAGACUUCACGUUCCUUUCUGACGCGUUAAAUCUUUCUAAGAGGAUUUAAUCAGUCAUCUGUAAAUAUUGAUGCAUUCCCUGAUGUGUAGAUAGUGGGAAGUUUUAAUCUUCUUUUUUUUCAAGUUGUGAUGAACCAUCUUUAGUCUUUGAGAAGUUGCCUUUGACUGCUGUUCAUCUUCACCCAGUGAGUCCAGUUAGUCUUCGAGACAUAAAUUACGCCUUCUCCUCCUCUUCACAUGAAGGGAUUUAUGUCUCAAACAAAUAUCACAGUUUCUGGUUUGCUUAAUGCACCAUUUGUUUGUCUCACUGCUGUUUCCAUCCUGAGGGACGAGCGGAGGAGAGAUUAUAAAAUCAACACUGAUCCGAAAUUCAAAUUUGACCUUUUUAAAAUGCUCUGAAACAGAAACUGUCGCUGCACAUUAAGCCACUUAAAUCAUAUCUUAACGUACUUGAGUCGAGUUAAACUCUCGGCAUCGUUAUAGACACGUUUUAUGAAUCGUGUCCGUUUUCUUUUCAGCGCUGCAAACUCAUGAGUGAGAACUCAAUCAGGCUGAAGCUGAGACUUAGAUAACGAUGGAUGACGUGAAGUAGAGAUCCGGGGGCGGAGCCACGAUACAGAGUCAAAUCUCAUCUGUCAAUCAUCCCUUUGUAAUGUCACCAAAUAACUAAUUAAUACAAAACUAAUCAAACAGUUGAACAAGCAUCGUUUUGAUAAGAAAAACCUAAAAAGUGAUGCGGUGAGGAGGGAUUUAUGAGCUGUACUCCAGGCAGCCACCAGGGGCGCUCAAGACUAUAGCUUUUCUUUUGCAAGGCGUCAUGUCGUCCAUCUUUAUUUAACGUCCCUGAGCUGAAGGACUGAUUCACUGUUAAUGUUCUAUGUCUUUGUCGGCUUUUUUUGUUUGUGGACGAGUGAAAGAGAAAAUCUGAACAACGUGUUAGAAAACCUGCAACAUGAAUGUUUUUCUUUGCUCCUGUUCUUCUUGUUGAGACACUUGGACGUUCUGUACAGAUCCUUGUCGGCUGUGUUUCACCACGAUGGACGCUGGAUGUUAGCGGCGAGUUAAAGAUGUAAAUAAUCUUUUGCGUGCUGUGUGUGUGUGUGUUUUUCUACGGCCUCGGCCCAACACUUAGGCUGUCACUCACCUGCCAGAUUAUUAGGUACACCUGAGCCUAUAAAGCAAUGUAAGCAAAAUAAAUCGAGACGUGUUGAUUCAGA